UUUUUGAAUGUGAGAGUUCUUACCUGGUUAAUAUUUCGCUUAGCCCGUAGAAUUUGCCUUUAAAAGGUUGGUUAUUUUUAAUAUAAUGACAAAUAAAAAUAUAUGGAGCAAUUAUUAGUACUUAGCAUCAAUCCUUCAGUUCUUCUGUCUGCUAUACAGAGAAUAUUAAAAAGCAGCAAGUUGGGACCUGUUGCCAUUUUCCAACCGCCACAUCGCACUACGUGUCACUCCCAUAUUCACCCUCUUCUCCCUCACUCUUAUUUAUUCACCAUUUUCAUAUUCUCCGAUCAAUAUACAAUUUUCUUUUAAUAAAAAUGGUGUUAACAACUACGUCGAUAAGAGAUUCAGAAGAGAGUUUGCACUGUACAUUUGCAUCGAGAUAUGUGCAGGAAUCACUACCGAAGUUCAAAAUACCUGAAAGGUCGAUGCCUAAGGAAGCUGCGUUUCAGAUUGUUAACGAUGAGCUUAUGUUGGAUGGUAAUCCGAGGUUGAAUCUAGCGUCGUUUGUUAGUACGUGGAUGGAGCCGGAGUGCGAUAAGCUUAUUAUGUCGUCCAUUAAUAAGAAUUAUGUUGAUAUGGAUGAGUAUCCUGUUACUACUGAACUUCAAAAUAGGUGUGUUAACAUGUUAGCACAUCUUUUCCAUGCCCCAGUUGGUGAUGAUGAGACUGCAGUAGGAGUUGGUACAGUGGGUUCAUCAGAGGCAAUCAUGCUUGCUGGUCUUGCUUUCAAACGCAAAUGGCAAGCGAGAAGAAAAGCAGAAGGCAAACCUUUUGAUAAGCCUAAUAUAGUCACUGGAGCUAAUGUGCAGGUCUGUUGGGAAAAAUUUGCAAGGUACUUUGAGGUUGAAUUGAAGGAGGUGAAACUCAAAGAAGGGUACUAUGUAAUGGACCCUGCCAAAGCAGUUGAGAUGGUGGAUGAGAAUACAAUAUGCGUUGCCGCUAUUCUUGGUUCCACUCUGACGGGGGAAUUUGAGGAUGUGAAGCUCCUAAACGAGCUCCUUACAAAAAAGAACAAGGAAACUGGAUGGGAUACACCGAUCCAUGUCGAUGCUGCCAGUGGAGGAUUUAUUGCUCCUUUCUUGUGGCCAGAUCUUGAAUGGGAUUUCCGCUUGCCUUUAGUGAAAAGUAUAAAUGUCAGUGGUCACAAGUAUGGCCUUGUAUAUGCUGGUGUCGGUUGGGUGAUAUGGCGGAGCAAGGACGAUUUGCCUGAUGAGCUCGUCUUUCAUAUAAACUACCUUGGAUCUGAUCAGCCUACUUUUACUCUCAACUUCUCUAAAGGUUCCUAUCAAAUAAUUGCUCAGUACUAUCAGUUAAUAAGACUCGGCUUUGAGGGUUAUAAAGACAUCAUGGAGAAUUGCCUGGCAAAUGCAAAAGUACUAACAGAUGGAAUCGCAAAUAUGGGGCGGUUCGAUAUUGUCUCUAAGGACGUGGGUGUUCCUGUUGUAGCAUUUUCUCUCAGAGACAGCAGCAAAUAUACGGUAUUUGAAGUGUCUGAGCACCUCAGAAGAUUUGGAUGGAUCGUCCCAGCAUACACAAUGCCGCCAGAUGCUGAACACAUUGCUGUUCUGCGGGUUGUCAUUCGAGAGGAUUUUAGCCACAGCCUAGCAGAGAGACUUGUAUCAGACAUUGAGAAAAUUCUGACAGAGUUAGACACACAGCCUUCUCGUUUGCCCACCAUAUCUGCUCGCGUCACUGCAGAGGAAGUGCAGAAUGACAAGGGUGAUGGGCUUCAUCAGUUUCACACCGAUAUUGUAGAGACUCAGAAGGACAUAAUUAAGCAUUGGAGGAGAAUUGCGGGGAAGAAGACCAGCGGAGUUUGUUAGUUCUGGCCACAGCUGUUUUUUGGGGUUCGCCUCCAUCGCCAACGUAUAGUAUAUAUUAUGUUUGUUGUUUCCAUUUAUUAAAGUUGCUGGUACUGUAAUGCUUUCAUGAUCUUGGCUUUCUAUCUAUAUAUGUAAAUUAAGUACAUUUCAGGUUUGCUAUAACAUGCUCCUCUUAUUAGGUUUUCUAUC